AUGUUUUUUUCUAAAGUGAAAGUUGGUUAAAUCUAGCUAGUAGUCUAAAGCCCAUGCCUCAGUUUAUUUUUCAGUCAUGAACCUAGAAUGAAGUAUGACGCACACAGCACAUUGCCUAGUACUUUUCCAGUGAAAUAUACUGUCCUCUCAAGAGCUCUUCCAUUUUAUCAGACGUGUCAAUGUUGCGUAAACACCGAACAAGGGCGAAAACGACCUCCUUGUUCAGGCAAGAAGAGAACAAAGGCGAGUCACUACACUUUUUACACAUUUUAACCUGUCAUCAAGUGAAUCACCACAUCAAUGGGGUUGUUACAGAAGGUGAAGACUGAGUUUCUUCUCUGUGAGAGGGGAAAAGAAGCAUUCCCUCCAGAAACUCCUUUCAACUUCCUUCAAACUGCAUGUAGAGACAUAAAAAUGGUAACCAUGAGUUCAUCUGACUCUGGGAUUUCACCAGUGAUGCGUGACAAAUCUCUAUGGAAGUUGGUGUGUCCUGGAUGUCAGAGAGGACCAAAGAAGAAAAGUUGGAUGAAGAUAUCUCAUUAUAUAGAUGCUGUAGAAUUCCUCGGCCAAAUCAAAGAGAUUGUGUCGAAACAUCGCAACAACAAGAUACUUCUUGCAAAGCCGAAAAGUUACGAGUUGAGAAUCGGGGGUCUGGAGGACACUGUCCAUGCUGGAGAUGGUGAACAGUUAGAAGUUUGGAAAGACUGCUACCUUCCAGAGAGAAUGGAGAUGGUGGUCAUUGGAGCCCUGGAUGACUUCCGAUGUUCAGCAGCAGGAUGGCAGCUGGUUCUCCUAUUAUGUGAAGAUGGCAAUGUCUACGCCUACGAGUUUGAAGUUCUGCACCUGGUUGCCAGAAGCUUGGAGGAUCUCUUUGAAACUGGAGCUGAGUUUCCAGGACUGGAGAAAUUCAGAUUUGGAGAAUGCUUUGAGGAAUUGUCUGAGGAAGAGAUGAAGAAAGAGAUGCAAUGCGAUGAAAUAAAGAAAAUCGAUGACGAGCAUAUUCACUUCAGAAGAAGAUUGCAGAUUGAGAUGCUGGAGGAUCUCAAAGCAAUCAGUCAAUCUGAGGUAAUAAUGAUUCAGACUGAGGGCAUGAGAGACAUAACAAAACAUGACAAAAGUGUGUAUAUUGAAAUCAGGGAAAGCUUAAGACUAAAAUAAUUCUAUGCUUGCUCCUGUGUGUACGGACCCUAACAUGCUGACUAGACCGGGCGUGCGCCAUCGGGCGCAUGUUGAUUUUGUCCACCCACACCAGACGCAAUCAAGGACUGGACUUCAGCAUGAACGUGUUUUAUGUUUUUCUACUUUGAGUAUAAAGGCCCAGAAAGGGGCGAAGUUGAAAUAGUGCUUGUAAAAAUUGUGGGUGAUUAAAAAAAACAAAAAAACAUA